CUCACUGCUCCAAUAAACUGGGUUCUAGGAAAUAAUUUCCCGCCGCGCGCUCGGCGUUCCCGGAAGUAGUUUACCAGUUCCGGGUGGUUGUCAGUGACGCUCUCGAGCGGUCGCCUGGGCUGCCUGAGAUGUCGACUAUUUACUUCUGGCCAGCGGGUCAGGCCCUUGCAGCAUCCGCGCCAUAGACGGAGAUUGGAUUAGAAGACCGGUUUAUUCUUAGAAUCUUCUGAAAUAAAAUUAGAAUGGAUGCAUUACAGGAAUAUUCCCAUAAUUCAUUUGACCUGCAGUGUCUGUUAAAUUCAUUUCCUGGAGAUUUGGAGUUUAAGCAGAUCUUCAGUGACAUUGGGGAACAGAUGGAGCAAAAUGCUGCAAGUAUAGAACAUUGCAUUGAAGAAAUACAGUGUGAAGUAAACAAGCUCUGUCCAGAUGUGCAGCUGCAAACAAGAAGUGACUGCUUUCAAUGGCUAACUAGUUAUGAUUAUAAUUUAUCUAAGUCACCAUCCAUUUCCCAUGGAGAUUUAAUAAACUUCCUCAAAACAAUGAAAGACGUAUUGAAUAACGAAGAAAACCAUGAAGAAAUGAUUCUGGAUUUACUCUGGGACCUCUCCUGUCAAAGCAGCAUCUCGUUCCUGUCUUUUCUGGGCGGCACAGCCUUCUGUCACCUCUCCAGGACUUCUAUACAUUCUGUUGAAGAUUUCUCCUCUGUGGAUGUAAAGUCUGUUUGGGAUGAUGUAAGAUUACAUCUUCGACGAUUCUUAGUAAACAGGUUAGAAAGAUAUAAUGAGUUAAACAAUUCACAGCAAAAAACUGAACUGAAAAAUCAAUGUCUGAAGCAAUUCCUCCUGCUCUACUCAGAAUCAGAAGUGCUUGUCAAGUACCAAAGCAUCCAGAAGAGACUGCUGGGUACAUUUCUGCACGACUCCUUUGCUUCUUGCAACAGAGAAUCAGAUUUAGAAAGAACUGUGUGUGGACACCAAAGUACAAUGCUCAUGUUAUAUUCAAUGAUAAAAGAGGAUCUUAAUGUACUAUGUGAUAUUUUAGCUCCAUCAUCAGUGGUGCAGUUCGUUAAAGAAACUUACCUGGAUAUGGUUACAGAAGAAAUGACAAAAAUUCUUGAAAAUUUUUGUGAGCUGCAGUUCAAAGAAAAUACUGUUCCUGUAGUUAAAACAAGCAAGAGCUGCAACAAGCAGAGAGGAGCAGUGCAUGCUUUGGUCAGCCCUGAGUGCUCACAGACGGAAAGACUCCCAUCCCUAUCCUUAGAAGAACUCAGAUUCUUAUCACAGUUAACAGAAUCCGUUGUGAAGCUGGAAAACAGCAUUCAGGAGCUGUUUGAAGAAACACUUUCAUUGCUUAAGAUGCCCAGGAGUUCUCCAGCGUGUUACUUUUAUGACAUAGGCUAUAAUUUUUCCAUCUAUAAUGACCUAAGUUUGACACCUGCAUCCCAGGCUACUUUACUAGUGUUUGGCUGGAGAAAUGCAUUUAAAGAAGUACCUCUUGCCAUAGCACACUGCAUAUCUGCAGCCAUUGAAGAUUUUUCCACAAAAGUUCUCCAACAGGAAGAAACUGAAAGGACCUCAUCUGUGAGCUACACUAUAAACCUUGUAAAUGUCCCACAACUUUGGCCAGAAGGUCACAUAUUUCCAGGGGAGGAACAGCCAAAGAGAGUCGCCAAGUUUUGUUCUGACAUCAUGGAAAAGCUUGAUACAAUGCUUCCACUGGCCCUGGCAUGCCGAGAUGAUUCUCCUCAGGAAAUUAGAGGGAACCUGGUAGAGGCCUGCAGUAAAGUGGCAACAGCUGUCCUGGAAAGACUGCAGGAGAGAGGAAAGGAGGUUCCUGCCCGAAUACCACUGAAGAACCUGCACAUCAUCAUGUCCUCAGCAGCAUAUGUCUCUCAGCAGUUCACUCACUAUGAUAAUCUGAUGAAAGAGACAACUAAGAAACCCAUAUUCCUGGUGCUUGUCCAGCGCUAUCAGGAAUUCAUCAACACUGUCCAGUUUCAGGUUACGGACUACUGCGCCAGAGUUUGUGCUAUGAGCAUUUUACAGGAUGCUGAGAGCCACCACUGGGAUGACUACAAAGCUUUUUAUGAGGGGGAAAGAUGUUCCUUCGCCAUCCAGAUGUGGCAUUACUUCAGCUGGGCUCUGCACCAUGAUCUCUGGACCAUACUGCCCCCUAAGCUGGCCCAGGAGAUUCUAGCAGAGGUGCUGGAGAAAUCCUUGGGUCUACUUGCCUCCAGAUAUGCUCGGGCCCAACCCAGUCCUAAGAGAACUGCACAGAUAAGACUUGAUGUCAUGGCAAUUUUAAUAUUCACUGAGAACAUGUUAUGGUCAAUUUGUACUUCUGGACAGGAAAUUUUGCAUCCUCAUAAAUUUAACAACCAUAAAAUUUUUAAAAUUCAUACUCAUUGCAACAAUCUCUUUACAACAUUAGCAAUUUUGACGUCACCAUUAACCGAAUUAUAUAAGACUUUUCAGCAUGGUGUGUAUGAAUCAGCAUCAGAUACCUUAGCUCCAGUGUUUAACCAGCCAUUACACUGGAUUUCAUGCAUGUCACAGUUCUACCCUUCUCUCCUCAGGCCGCCAUCAGUGGGUGGACUGACAGCCCAGGGUCAGUUGAAACUGCUCUUAUCGCAGCCUUGCUGUAAGUGGAACCUACUUCUAGAGACCCUUCUUCACAGUGGUGGCCUCAUACCAAGAAUCUUGUUGAAAAGUUCAAAACAAGCUGCUGGCAUGGAGAGUAAGCAGAGUGCAGGUGGUAGCGUGGUGGGCGCCAUCUUUGAAGUUCUGUACCAUUGUCACUUGUCCCCACAGACAUUUGGAAAUGUUUUUAUGAGUCACAUGGAAGAAGAACAACUAUGGGACUUUUUAUUCAACAUUCCAGUCUCAUCGUUCACAGAGUCCCAGCCAGAAGUCAUCCACUGUCUGAGACUGGCACUGAUGGACUCUGUCAAGAACACUGUGCAACAGAUAAUAUCCAUCAUGAGAUGUCAGAGAAACAGCGAGACAAACCUAAACAAGCCCCGUGUUCCUGAUCAUCUGCUUCAGAGCAUUCCACAAGAAUGGAAUUAUAUUCCAAGAGAUUCCAAAGGGAAAGAGUCAAAUAAAGGCUUCACAGAGCUUGCUGCUCAGGCAGUGUCUAUUGUCCUCAGCAAGUUACCUACAGUGAUUGCAUGCUUGCCUCCCACAAUUAAAUACUUCUUUUUUCUGUCUGAGAAAAAAAUGUCAAAAAAUUUGGCUGAAUUGAAGAAAGCUGGCCUGCUUGUCUGGAACUUGAUUAUAAUUAUAUGUCGGAUAUUUGAGGAUGGGAACACGGUGGAACGUUUAACAGGCUCCUCCCUUGACAGAUGGAGUAAGGAGAAACUGGGUUUAAUUUGCUUGUGUUUGGAAAGCAUCCUGGGAAGGCAAUGCAAUCCUAGUCAGCUGACCCAGAAGGUCAUCCUGAGCAUCGAGCGGCAAAAACCCAACUGGAUGGAGCAACAGCUUCUGAAAGCGAGGACGCUGAGCUUCCAAUGUGCAUUCAUGAGGAUGGAGGAAAACUCAGGCUCAGAAGGGGAAGCUGCUCUUGAACUGACUGAGCAGAAAACAAAUGCGAUGGUCCUGGAUCUCUGCCACAAACCAGGUGGCAGCAAGUACCUGCAGCAAAUUUAUCACAUCAUGCAGCUCAAUGAGGAAUAUUUAAAAGAACAACUGUUCGCUAUGAAUGGCUCAGAAGAAAAGCCAUUACUCAUCAGACCUUUGAAGGUAGCCUUGAGGAAUGAAGAUCAGCCUCCUGCUUUUAACCCUUUUCAUGUGCAUAAGGUGGUCACUGAAAGCAUGCUAGAUCAGGUGGCCACAGUGACAUGGUGCUGGGACUGGUCAAACUUGCUGCCAAAUUACCUAGGACUGAAUAAGAUGACCUUCGGCAUACUACUCAAAAACAGGUGGGAAAUGAGGAAAGAUGAAACACUAGAAGAGAAAGAAAAAAUGAUGCUCGAACAUUUACAACAGAACUGUACCAUACAGGACUUUUCCACAUCAGACAGCACAAAUGAACAGUAAUCUGCAGAAAAACAGCAACAGCUUUAUUUUAGGAAAUUGUCUCACACAAUGAAGGCUUUUCGCCCUCCUCAGGAGGAGGAUAGAGUGCACCCAGUAGUGUCUGUACUGAAAGAAUAAAGAAUAAGAGGCUCCACAUUUCUUAAAAAAAAACUCAAAUUGGUUUUUUUUUCCCACAGUCUUUCUCCUUAUAUGAUAAAAUUGCUGCCAUCUCGUGUUCCCUUUGAAUUGUUUUUUUUUUCUUUUAGUACAGAAGUAUCUAUGACAACAGGCAAAAUGUUUGGAAGUAUUUUCCUAGGGAUUUCUUACAUAAUAUUUGGAUGUUGAGUUGAUUGGAAUCCCCCUGAAAGUCAUCUGAAAAUUACAAUUUAAUUUUGUAGUUGUAGCCCAAAUCUGGAUUUUAAUUGCCUUUAAUGUUCAUGACUGAGCCAGUCCCCACUUACCAUAUAGCCUUGUCUUCACCCAUGCUAAAUCAUAGCACUAAAAAGCACUGUCUACCACUGUUAGCAUCGGUCACAUGCCUGUUUGUGAUGGCUGUUGCCUUCCUCCUAAAUCUCACUCCGUCCUUAUGCUUCCACAUCCUAGGCCAAGUGGCUCUCAUUCAGGCAACUCCUGGCAUCCUUUUGGCUCAACCAAAAAAAAAUGGUAUUUUCUCCAACCAAAAACCAUUUUUCUUUCAAAAUUACAUUCAAAAGUUAUCCUUCUCUAUCCCUCAUUAUCUACAAUGUCUGUUAAUUUUAUUAUUUCCACUGUGUGUGUACACGUACACACACAUACAUACAUACUACAGAGAGAGAGAGAGAGAGAGAGAGAGAGAGAGAGAGAGAGAGAGAGAGAGGAUGUGAUGGGGAUGUGCUGACAAGUACGAUUACAUGUAUUUAGUAUGUCCUUCCUAUCAGUGCCUGAUAUUGCUUUAUAAAGAACCCAGAGGCAUUAAAAAUAAUCUGAAGGAUUCCUUUACGAAACCGAAUGUGGUACUAUAGGAUCAUUCAGUGUGUGAGCAGUUAAUAAACAUACUGAUUAAGGAGCCACCAUUGAAAGAACUGUAGACAAAAUGCCUUGAGGACAAAUGAGAGAAGCCCCACUGUGGAUCAUAGACCAUCUGGCAUCGAACAUAAUGGCUUCUGAUGUUCUCAUAAACUUAAU